UUUUCCCGUGCGGCAAGAAAUGCUCUCUCAGUAGAGACGAAGGAAGGGAAAGCAAGCAAGCAAGCAAGGAAAAAAGGCUCAGACUUUCGGUAGAGGGAAAUCGAAGAGCAAGAAAAAAAGAGUUAAAAUUCGAAAUGGAUGUGAUAAAGACUCAGCAAAUAUCGUCUCGCCCGAUAGAGAAGGUGAUAGUCCACCCUUUGGUUCUCCUCAGCAUCGUCGACAACUACAAUCGCGUCGCUAAAGACACGCGCAAGCGCGUCGUAGGAGUCCUGCUCGGAACUUCCUUCAAGGGCACCGUUGACGUCACCAACAGCUACGCAGUGCCUUUUGAGGAAGAUGAGAAGGACCCGAAUAUAUGGUUCCUUGACCACAACUACCAUGAAUCAAUGUUUUCGAUGUUCAAAAGGAUUAAUGCCAAGGAGCAUGUUGUUGGUUGGUAUAGUACUGGCCCAAAAUUACGGGAAAAUGAUCUAGACAUUCACAGAUUAUUCCACAACUAUGUCCCAAAUCCUGUCUUGGUCAUUAUUGAUGUCCAACCUAAGGAGUUGGGGAUACCAACCAAGGCCUACUAUGAUGUUGAAGAAGUUAAGGAGAAUGCUACUCAAAAGAGCCAAAAGGUUUUUGUUCAUGUUCCUUCUGAAAUUGCUGCUCAUGAAGUUGAGGAGAUUGGAGUGGAACACUUGCUCAGGGAUGUAAAGGAUACUACCAUUAGUACGCUUGCAACUGAGGUCACUGGAAAGCUUACAGCUUUGAAGGGUUUGGAUGCAAGGUUACGAGAGAUACGUGCUUAUCUUGAUCUUGUUAUUGAUGAGAAGCUUCCUCUGAAUCAUGAAAUACUUUACCAUUUACAGGAUGUGUUCAACUUGCUGCCAAAUCUAAAUGUAAAUGAAUUAAUCAAGGCUUUUGCAGUAAAAACAAAUGAUAUGAUGUUGGUUAUAUAUCUGUCGUCUCUCAUUCGAAGUGUCAUUGCACUCCAUAACUUGAUCAAUAACAAGAUGCUAAACAAAGAACAUGAGAAAGCUGAGGAUGCUAAGCCAGCAACUGUCCCAGCUGCCAGUUCAAGCUGAGUUAUCAUCUGCAUUGCUUGGAGUUCCACUCAUGACAAAAGCUUGCGCAAAUGGUGGUAGUACCUUUUAUAGGAUCCGCAUUCUUGAGAUUUUGUAUUCUUCACAUUGCAAUCAGAGAUCACCAGGCUCUAAACUUGAGAUUUUUCUCUCUUCGAUCUUGUUGUUUUCUUACAACUAUAGACUAGUAAAAUGAAGUGCUUCCAUUCGCGUCAUAUAUUAUGUUGAAUUAACCAUUUGAGCUUUCGAUACAGCGUAUGCAGCUAUAUUUUUUGUUCCGCCA